AUGACUCUAUCGUUCUCUGAAGGCUUCAGUGCUCGCAUUGCCGAGGACACGGUCCACAUACCCCCUAACGCAGUAAAGGACAGUUUGGACAGCGCAUCAGAGCUACUCUCGCGCAUAUUGAGAGCAGCUUGCCAGGAGAACGAUGUGUACCACUUCGAUGUGGUCUUGUCGGGAGGUUCUCAUCUCAAGAUACCUCGCAGCGAUGGUCAACCCGUGUUGGUUCUACAUGAUCUGGGCCGCCUUAUACCCUCGGAUCUACUUGAACAGAAACUCAACCACAUCUUUAGUAGGGAUGAGAAUACCUUUUUCGUCAAUACCUCCGGUUCAGGAAAAACUCGAUUACUUUACGAAGGCCUAUGUCGACUCUGGGGGCUCUAUCUGACCGCAAAAGUGGACUCCAGCCGCCUCGGAAGUAAGCACGUCGACUUCGUGGCUACCCAAGGUCUCGUCUUGUCCGACGUGACCAGGCUCCCGCAUCCCUCUACGCCUUCAUACGACGACACGCUGCGGCAUAAUCUCAAUGUUAUCACCCGUCGCUAUAAGGAUACCCUGCUCGCACAAGUUCUCGUAUUCCGCGCCUUUCUCGAGUUAGCCAUCCCGCGACUCAGCGACGAACACAAGCAACGCUGGCUUUAUUGUCAGCUGCAACCCUUCGCGUUACUGAAAAGCAACCCAUUCCAUGACAUCAACUUCGCCCUUCUUCGCGCUUCAGAUGCGUAUGUGGACCACCAUCUACAGGUUGUCCUGGCAGACAUACGGCAGCGAUUAGGCGCCACUGUUCCCCUUUUCGCCGUGCUCGACGAGGCCCAAUCGUUAGGCCAUAACGAUUACGCCGCCAAUUCCUUAUAUGGCUUUCCGGACUGUGACUCGCUUCCGUACUUGCAGCGCUUGAUCACGGCGUGGCGAGGACGAGCUGGCCUGGCCCUUGUCAUCACAGGAACAAGCCUUUCGCGAGACAUCUUCCGUGACGACCCCAUUGAAAUGGCACACGGUCGUUACAGAUGGACGUCCGCGACAGGUGGAUUCGACGCUGUGGACUCGAAUCGGCAGUACGUCUCGCGAUAUUUGCCUCCCCCUUUCCUUCGAAAAGCCAGUGGGGAACGGCUCUUGCAGCGACUAGGCAGCUGGCUUCGAGGACGGCAUAGAUUCACGGCUUCCUUCAUCGGGCAGUAUCUUCGACACGGAUUGUCACAGCCGCAUCAGUUGCUCAAUGACUACAUACGAAACGCGACAGGAUAUUCGCCCCGGGACGCCGACGAUUUGACGAUAGCCGAAGGAGAGAGACUCGAGCAAGCGAGGAGAUUUCUUCGCCCAAUAUCUCUCGGUGCUAUGCGAGAUUCGCUAGUUCGGUCAACCGCCCAUCAUGCACUCUUCCGAGUCCUCGUCGAUUCGUCUGCCUUGCACGAGUACGGCGUGGAGUACGUCCAACUUGUGACGGCAGCUUUUGGCCGAUUCGUCGACCACGAUGCCUCCAGAGUCGCUAUCGACGAGCCUUUCAUGCUCGUCAGCUGCGCGUCGUGGUACGAAAACACCAACACCGAUUUCUUCGAUUUCGACUACAUGCGCACGCUCCCCCAACGAAUGAGUCACGUUUCCGAACUUCGUUAUCUCCGCCUCGCCUUCGUUCUUGCGCGGCGCUUCGAACGAAAGCCUCCGCUGCGACAACUGUUCAACUUUCAGGGCGCGCUUCCUUCGUGGGCGAAUGCUCGAAGUACAAGUCUCCUCUUGCAGCACCGGACCGCGGGGGGAGCCCUCAGUGCUCGGAUCUAUAGCUGCAAGAAGGAACUGACGGGAUCGACAUCUCCGCUUACGACUGUCGCAUCCACGGACACAGAGAUUGACAGAUGGCUCGACCACGUUACUCCCUCACCCUUCUGCAUACUCCGACUGUCGGAGGAAGGAGCCCUGCUCUUUGCGUUAAAGCUUCCCGGCGACAAGAACGUGUGGGUCGCACUCGACGGCAGACAGGGCGAGCCAUUGACGGCAGAUGAGGUCAAGCAUGGGUUGGCCCGUUUGAAACCCAACCACGCGCCUGAAAGAAGACCAACUCGACAAACUCCGACGCUUACCCAAACCCUGUCGACGCGCUGGAGAUCCGCCCAUAUUCUUCGCCUUCGCGUCUGGUCUCCUUGACCUUCCUCAAGACACAUUGGGCCGCGCGGUUGCCACGGUCGAUGUGGCGGAGCUCUGCGGAUCGCUAGGAAUCACCGCGAGAGAGGUGUUGCAGGCGGCCGUGCGCUUCACUUU